AUGGAUAAAUAUGUUAGAGCGUCAACUGCCAUCGGUAAGUUGUUGUCUAAGAAAUAUGGAAUCCAUAUGCCACUGUACACUCCUAUUGAUACCGGUAAAUUACCGGCAAAUGACAGUGAUUUUGACAGUAAUUUAUUGGGAAAUAACUUUCAAAAACACAUUUCCAUUGGCUGCCUGAGAUGCGUAGGAGAAUGGAUUGCGGCCGCCAGUGAACUUAUCAAAGCUUCAAAUUCAGCAAGCCUGGGUAAUGUAUGGGAGACGGAUUUGGGUAAAGACCUUGCCAAUGCUCUCAUUACUAGAAGAUUAACCCUUACUUUUGCUGAUUUUUAUGAGCUACUAAAGUUUUUUGCUCUUAUAAGGGAUGAAAAAUUACAAGUUUUAUCUCAGUUAUUGGAUGUAAAGCUAAAAUCAAUCACCCAAUCAAAUGAAUUGGCGCAAAUUGAGGUGACAAAAUUACUACAAUUACCACUAUUAAUUCAUCUAUCGAACGUCAAGGUUGAUAAUAAAAUAAUUGAAUUCAUAACGUUUAUAUCACAGUAUGUUAAACGAAAAAUCAUCAAUGAGAAUAAUGGCAUUGACUUAAAGUUGUGUGAUAUAGUUUCAGCGCAAAUUGGGUUUACCAAUUUGGGUUUAAUGGACCAACAAUUAAUGAAAAUACUCAAUAAGAAGAUACUUGAAUUGCCAAUGAAUACUGAUAAUUCAUAUAAUUUACAACUGUAUAACACAUCGAUCUUAGCAAACACUUCGUGUUAUAUUCACGAUAUUGAGUUUUAUGCCAAACUUAUUGGGAUAAUUAACGAUAAUUUGAAUAUGUUACCUCCAUCACAUAUAACUACUCAUACACUCGUCAGGGCAAUAAUAGCUAACAUAUACCAUGUGGAUAAUUCACAAAUUCUGCAUAUAAUUUUUAAAAAUUACAGGAAAAUGUCACUGGAAGAUAAAAUAACAGUCAUAUGGUCAAUAAUAUCUCUUGGAUUGGAUGAAAAUCCUGAAUACAUAACCAUGGUAAAUAACUUAUUCACCUCCAUUAACAACGUUAAUAUAUCUGCAUUUACAAGACUUUUUUUGGAUCAAAUUUAUAUUACAGCAAAAUUAGAUGGUUAUAUUCCACAUUACUCAAUAAUCACCCCCGUAAAAUCGUUCAACAAUCAUACAUGCCAUGAUAACAGGCAUUUUGAUGAUCUGUCACGCACCGUUAAAAAACUAAUAUACAAUAUAAACUCCAAUACAGACAAAUUGUUAGAUGACAAAUUUGCAGCUAAAAAACCUGAAACUACUAUAUUGGGUUUGCCAUAUUAUGAGUUUAACCUUGUGCUUCCCCUUACCCACCAGCACGGCACUAACUAUGAUCAGCGAUGGAAGGGUAUUGCAAUCACACUAUAUAAACAGUUAAAUUGUGUUGAUAAUCCGCUUCUAUGGGACCCAUAUUAUACAAUUAGACGCAAACAUCUCCAUAAAAUUGGUUAUAAAGAUGUGUUUUUACCAAUUAAUUGGAUUGAUUUAUCGCAAACACAACUGAUUUAUUUGCUUGAUAUAAACGUUAACGAAUUGGAAUAA